AUGUCCUCCUACGAAGACGACGGCCCUUCCCCCCUUACGAGAAUCGCUCAAUUGGAGUCUCUCGUAGAGCAAUUACGAAUGGCCCUUUCGCCAGCGCAAUGCGUUCUCUUUUCGGAUCCCGAUAAGUUCAAUAAUACGGUCCCUUUUUUCAACGCUUCAGCUCAAGACUUCGGAAGUUCGGAACUACAAUAUCGGUAUUCACGGCCCAGCUCCUUAUCGGCGGUAAAGCUUUUGGCGGACCCACUACUCAACUCAAUUACGUUUACGUACGCGCACGUCAUUCAGCAGCCUGAACGCUUUUCCGGCUCUCUCGGCCUUCCUAGCUUUUCGACAACAACUAUGGCCGAUCGAGCAACUGAACCUCUAGGUAGAGAGUCUAGCCGACAAAGAGCAAUAAGCUUUUCGAAAGGACUAGACGAUAAGAUAUCGAGCAUCUCAUUUGACUUAAACGAGCUCUUAUACGCAAAGCCCGACAAUAAGAUUACGGCUCGAGCAAUAAUGAAAGACUUUUUGAAUGCGAAGUGUAAAAGGCUAAAGGAUUACGACUUAUAA